CUUAGUUAGUUUUAAUUCGACAACACUGCGUGAUAGAGAUAAAGAGAGAGGAAGAGAAAGAGAAGAACAGAGAAGGAGAGAGACAGAGGAAGCGAUGAGUGAGGAAUACGCUGAUUCCGAUGCGAAGACAAACCAUGAAACCCACGAAGCAAUAAUCUUUGCCAUUGAGCUCACAGACUCUAUCCAUUUCAUAAAUGCUUCAACCGGUAAAUCAAACUUGCUUACGAUUCUGGAGGCACUGGAACAAUCCAUGGCACACAGUGCGAUCACUCUUCCAAAUACGGGCUAUGGAUUGUAUAUGUUCAAUGGGAAGAAAACUACUGAGGAUCUUAAACCGGGGAUUGAGUGUGUAUUCCCUCUUCGUGACUUGAACGUAAAGUCUAUGAAGUUGUUACACGAUAUUCUAAGUGAUAGCGUCAGCAGCAACGACGUUGAAGCGCCCUAUGUGCCGUUGGAUGAGAGGUUUAAGCCACGUACUGUCGUUGAGAGAUCCAAUAACCCGCUAUUUGAACUAUUGACAACCUUACAACACGAAUUCUUCGCUAAAAGAGAAAUGCAAAAGCAAUAUACAAUUAACAAGAUCUUCUUGUUUACUGAUAACGAUGCACCGGUGCAGGUGAACGACGUCGAUCAGAAGAACCUGAUAAGACGCAUCUGUGCUGAUCUCGAUGACUCUCGAAUCACUAUCACUCCAUUUUUCUUAACAUCCAAGGAGCAACCAUUUUCCAAUGAGUUGUACUCUGAGCUAAUGUUUCUACCACCAUUGGGUGAUCCCGAGGAUAGUUCGGAUGCUAUGUUUGAUGGGCCGAGUACUAAACCGAUUGAUGUUCAGGAUAUUGCAUCACGCAUACGAAGACGUAAGGAAAUAAAGAGAGUGCAAUUCCAAUGUCCCUUUAUAAUGAGAUUUGGCUCUACAAAAGAAGUUGUUGUUGGUGUUAAGGGUUAUUCCGUUAUAAGCCAUGAAAAGGCUGCACCUAGCAAAUGGCUUUAUGAAGAUGAGCACGGUAGAAAGAACGUCUAUACCUUGCAAAGGAACAUUGAUGAGACAAAAGGCGGCGAUUUUGAUCAAACGAUAAAGGGAUAUCCUGUUGGAGUGAACGGCGAUGUAAUACCAGUUACCAAGGAACAGAUCGAAGACCUGGACAAAUAUGACGAUGAAUAUGCUAGCUUUUUAAGGCUUAUUGGCACCAAGGAUGAGAGAAGUGGCAUCAAAUCGCACUACGUCACUGGACGCUCAACAUUUCUAACGCCUAGUGAGGAUGACUAUGAAGGCUCAACGAGGACUCUCAGCGCACUGUACUUUAGUCUCAGAUCACAGGCUAAAGUUGCUAUACUGUUUGGUAAGUUGCGUAAGGGAUCGCAACCGUUCUACUAUGCGUUACAACCUGCGAAGAGGCAGCUGUUCCCGGGAUCCAAAGUACACUCACCAGAGGGAUUUUAUCUACACAGGCUACCGUACUUGGACGACCUACGACAAAUUCCGAAUGCGUUCGAAACACAGCCGGAGCCUGAAGAGGAGCUGAAAGACGCCUCCAGGCUUGUUCUGAAAGAUUUGAUGUCCUUCGGAGAUGAGUACGUUCCGCAAGACGUGAAGAACCCGACUCUGAACCAGCACUACAGGACCAUACGGGAAUUCAAGCUCCAAGUCGAAAGGCCUACAAAGCAGGAACCGGCCAGUGAACGGGAUCGUGCCGUCGCCAACGACGACACUCUACGAGACGUUGACAGUGUACGGAAGGCCAUCGAGGCCUCUCAGCUCGACAACGAGGGACCGAUCUACAGACACAUCACAUCGUGGAACGCAACCUUUUCGGGUGUCCAGUAGACACACAGUGGUGUGUACCAUGUACUAAUACACCCAUUGCCAUGAUCCCCUAAAGGGGUAUGCUUUUAUAGCUCGUUAUAUAGCACUGAGUAGUGAGUGAUACAGCUAACAUUGGCCUUAUAGCGUACGCUGCCAAACCCCGUGGGCCUCCCCCGAAAAGUCCGC